AGCUGCCCGGGCAGCGCUGCCCGCUCGGGCACAGCAGGUGCAGGGGCCAUGGAGGGGCUGAGCCAGCGCUGCCCGCUGCCCCCCGCUGCCCAGGGCUGCCCCCGGCCCGGCCGCGGCACCGGGCUGCUGGUGCUGACGCUGCUGGUGCUCCUGUACCCGCUGCUCCGGGGCCUGGCUCUGCAGCUGCACGGGGCUCUCAGCGGCUCCUACGUGCCAGGGACGCACUCCAUGGCCUUCGUCAGCUGUCCCAACGAGCACGUCGCCAGGGACAUCGCCAGGGCCAUCAUGGACAAGAGACUGGCUGCCUACGUGAACAUCCUGCCCAAGAGCUCAGCCUUGUAUUUCUGGAAAGGGGAACUGGAAGAAUCCACUGAAAUACUGCUGUUGGUGAAAACAAGGACGUCCAAAAUAGGGGAAUUGUCCAACUACGUCAGAUCCAUCCAUCCCUUUGAAAUCCCCGAGGUCAUCAGCCUGCCCAUUGAGCGAGGAAACCCUGCCUACCUCAGAUGGAUCGAGGAGAGCGUCCCGCGGGACUGAGGGCCGCAAGGCGCUGCUCAUUUUUGGGGAGCUGGGGAGGGGCUGCCAGCACCGAAAGCUGUGCAGGAGUACGCGGAGAUGUCCCUGUCAGGAUGCUCGGGGUGCCUCGGGCUGUCAGCAGCGAAUUCCAGCCGGGAGCCGUGGCCGGGCAGCCCCUGCGGUGCCGGGUGUCCCCACAGCUGCCCGGAGCCCUGCCUGGCCCCAGGUGCUGCCAGCAUCCCGCCCCGGCCGGGCCCGCGGGAUGCGCCCGGGCACCGCCUCCGCGGGCGGCUCAGCCCUGCGGAGCCCGGGGAAGCAGCGAAGCCCAAAACACCCAGCAAAGCCCAAAAAAGUCCAGCAAAAAAACAGCAAAACCCAUCAAAGCCCAGCAAAGCCCAAAAAACCCCAGCAAAGCCCAAAAAACCCAGCAAAGCCCAAAAAAGCCCAGCAAAAAAACAGCAAAACCCAGCAAAGCCCAAAAAACCCAGCAAAGCCCAAAAAAGCCCAACAAAAAAACAGCAAAGCCCAGCAAAGCCCAAAAAGCCCCAGCAAAGCCCAGCAAAACUCAGCAAAACCCAGCAAAGCCCAGCAAAACCC